GGUCACACUGUUAGGCUCAGGUCUCUACCAAUAAAGCACAUGAAAAUUACAGAAGACAUUCUCAUGGAGUUUAAAAUGAUCCGGGACCUGAGCCACAACAACCUGAACCGAGUCUUCGGAGCAUGUUUAGAGAAUGAUAGGAAGAUAUUGGUGGUGGAGCAUUGCAACAAGGGAUCAUUACAGGACUUGAUUGGCAACAUGGAUGUCACACUGGAUGUCCUUUUCAAAUUCUCGUUGAGUACAGACAUCAUCAAUGGGUUGUGCUAUUUGCACGAAAGUCCUGCAAAGUGUCACGGUCGGUUGACUAGCGAAGUCUGUCUUGUGGAUAAUCGAUGUUCCGUGAAAUUAGCAGACUAUGCCUUGCCCUGUCUGUACUCGAGCAUCCUGGAGGAUCCCUGCUCGCAGGAUUAUAAAACAGCAUGUCUUUGGAAGGCACCAGAGGUUUUGAGAAGCGGGGAUCGAAGAGGUUCCCGUGAGUCAGAUAUUUACAGUUUUGGUAUCAUCCUUUCGGAGCUCAUCGCCAGAGAAUUUCCAUAUUACAACGAGGUUAUGUACCUCACCACAGAAGAGAUUCUGGAGAAAGUGCGCUAUGGCUCGAAUCCACCGUUCAGACCGAACGUAGACGUUCCUGUGAAGUUGACAGACAUCAAGACCUUGAUGGAGUGCUGCUGGGCGGAGAACCCCAAAGACAGGCCCUCUGCACAGGCCGUGAAAACUACAUUGAAGAAGAUAGCAGUAUCCCUGGGUGAAACUGGCAACCUGCUAGACAAUCUCAUGCGCAGAAUGGAACUGUACGCUAACAAUCUGGAGAAACUAGUUGAGGACAAGACUGUGGAACUCAGAGAGGAAAAGAAGAAAUCGGAAGAACUUUUGUAUCAAAUACUUCCAAGACCAGUUGCAGACAAGUUGAAGGCCGGGCUGAAAGUUGAGCCACAAUCUUAUGACUGCGUGACAAUAUAUUUCAGUGACAUUGUCGGAUUUACCACUAUUUCUGCACAAUCUUCAUCCAUGCAGGUUGUUGAUCUUCUGAAUGAUCUCUAUUCUUGCUUCGACGCUAUCAUUGAGGAGUACGAUGUCUAUAAGGUUGAGACGAUUGGAGACGCUUACAUGGUUGUCUCCGGGCUCCCUCAGCGUAACGGCAAUCUGCAUGCAGUUCACAUUGCUCGAAUGUCUCUCAAACUACUGCGGGCGAUCAGUGAGUUUAAAAUCAAACACACUCCCCGCGAGAAGAUGCGUUUGCGUAUUGGGCUGCAUUCGGGUCCGGUUUGUGCUGGAGUUGUGGGCCUCAAAAUGCCGCGAUAUUGUUUGUUCGGAGACACGGUCAAUACGGCGUCUAGAAUGGAAUCCCACGGAGAAGCCAUGAUGAUCCACUUGAGCUCUUCAGUCAAGGAGAUACUGGAUCAGUUUGGUACCUUUCAGAUAGCUUCCAGAGGACAGAUUCUCAUUAAGGGUAAAGGACUGAUGAAAACUUACUGGCUAAUACGCGAGAUCACACAAGAUAUUGUAGCAGACAAAAGUGACAAGAGACUCCCAGAAGGCAAGUCCUGA